AUGCUUCUGAUUCUAUCACCAUUUCAUUACGGAAGCUGUUCAUUGAUGAACCAGAAGAAUCUUCUUCGUGUUCAUCAUCAGAAGCCGACGAAUUGGAAGCUCUACCUUCUGGAAUUUUCUGUGUGUGGAGGCCUAAGACGGAAAGUGGAUCAUUACCUGUUAUGCGGGUGGAGUAGUUCUACCGGGUCUCUAUGUUCUUCGAAGAGAAAAACACGAGGGAGCGAUAGAUACCAGUGGAGGCAACUGUUGGAGCUUCCUUCGACCGCCAUUCCCUCGCCGCCCACUGCUACUUCCUUCGGCCGCCAUUCCCUCAGGCCCCCUUGCGAUCGAUUAACAUGUCCCGGAAAUCCCCCUUCUGGCCUCGCAUCUCACCACUGCACCAAUUGGAAACGUAGUCCCUUUCUCUUCCCUUCCUCUUCAGCAUCGAUGACCACCGACGAUGCUCCCUUUGCCUGA